CCCUCGUUGAUUCCCCCAAACCCUAACGAACGCCCUUUUCAAAUCGCAGCGACUUGAGGCGGAGAGAAGAGAAAACUAGCAACCAUGGCGAAAUCAAUGAGAUCGAAGAAAGAAAAGAGAUUGAGGGCCAUUAGAAGAGAGAUGGUCGAGCCGUUGUACGAGAAGAAAGAAGAAGCAAAAUACGCCGCUCUUGAAGCUGCACUCAACGCACCAAAACUCCCUGUUCGUACUCGGCCGGACGAAUCAACCUCUAUGGAUGCCGCCGCCGUCACCACCACGACCUCCAACGCCGAUAUGGCAGAUGUGGAGAUGGAUGAAGGCAAGCAAAGUACAAAAUCCUUGAAACCAAUUGGUAGGAGGAUGAAAAAGAAAUUGAAGCUGAGCAAAAAGAAGUAUCGUGGUAAGGGAAAGAUAAGGAAGAAGAAUGUUUAGUGAAAAAACAUGUUAUCACAAUUCACAAUUCCAAAUACUUUAUCAGUUAUGACAAAUCACUGAUAGUUUGUCCUUACUUUGAACCACAAGCGGGAGAUUAGUAGAAAUCUUUACAUUAGUUGAGUUUUGUUGUAUGAAUAUUUUUUUUCUAUGGCUCAUGAUCUUGAUAAUUUGUUUA